CCGCAGUCGACGUCUGGUCAUGUCCAUCUCUCAUCAACACCAUUCACUCCCUCUGCCACGCGAUAGAGCCCGUCUGCGGGCAUGUGGAACCCUCAACGCGCCCAUUGAUCUCACCGACGACGCCGACGAGUCUGAUGCACCGCCCCCGAGGCAGCAUGCAUCCCACCAGCGGCACUCUCGAGCCCGUGGUGAGAGUGAAGUCCAAGUGACAGCCUCUCGCAAGCGCAAGUCCGCUGCUCUCACUCGCGACGACAACAACGAUGCCAAUGCCGAGAUUACGCCUUCCAGCAAGAAGACGAAGAGUGCUGCCACCGACACCGAAAAGAGGCUCCGAGUCUACCGCAAAAGGGCCCCCCAAGCCUACGCCGACAUCCGCCAUCGCGCUCUCACCCAGCGCAUGUUUGUCAUUGACCGCAAACGAACGCCAGCGCCCGCCGACAUUCACCCGCAGUCACCAGACAACCAUGCCACCGAAGUCGUGUCCUUAGCAGGCACCACCGGGAACAUCUACCACAUCACCAUCUCUCGCGUUCCGUCAUGCACCUGUCCGCAUGCCCGAAAAGGCCAUCAAUGCAAGCAUAUCGUCUACGUUCUCGCUCGUGUGCUGCGAGCACGAGAAGACUUGGAAUAUCAACUCGCCUUUGUGUCCUCUGAACUGCGCGAGAUCUUCGAGCACGCCCCACCCCUUCCGUCGGAAGUCGCAGAGCAGGAUAGAGCGGAUGGAUCAGAGAUGGAUGGAAACCGCAAGCCACUUGCAGGAGAAGAUUGUCCUAUUUGCAUGACGGAAUUCGAGACCGACAAUGCGGGGAAGCCCAAGCAGGGUGAACUCGUGGUAUACUGUAAAGCUGCUUGUGGAAACAACAUCCACAAGGAGUGUUUUGGGCAAUGGGCUGCUACGAAGCGGGGUCAAGGAUAUGUCACUUGUCCAUUUUGCAGGAGUCCGUGGCAGGAAGAUGAUGCUAGCGCUGCAGAUUUGAAAGGCGUGGCAAUGGGCGGAAAGAGGAAUCGAGAGGGAUAUGUGAAUAUCGCCAGUCAGUUGGGUCUUUCUGGGGAGAGGGAUUAUUCGACGUAUAAUGAGUUCUGGGUAAGGAACCAAUUGGGUGGCGGAGGAUACGGUGCCUACUGAAGGGGUGCAUUGAACAAUUGAUCAGUGGUGAUGGAUGGACGGCA